UAAAGAUGGAGCAAGAAAUGGAGAAGAGAAACCGAGGUAGAAGAGAAGAAAGUGAAGAAGAGAAAUGGGUACAUGAUGCUUCUGUGGAUUAUAAAGGCAGAGUUCCUCUCCGUGCUUCCACUGGUGUAUGGAAAGCUUCUCUUUUUGUCAUCACAAUUGAAUUUAGUGAAAGGGUAAGCUACUUUGGGAUAGGCGCUAAUCUUAUAUCGUACCUUACUAAAGUUAUUCAUGAAGACCUCCAAACAGCGGCAAAAAAUGUUAACUACUGGACAGGAACAACAACCCUGAUGCCUCUCAUCGGGGCAUUUAUUGCUGAUGCUCACACUGGUCGAUUUCCUAUGGUCCUGGUUUCUUCCCUCGUAUACCUCAUGGGGCUAAUCCUGUUGACUAUGUCUCAAUUCAUCCCAAGUCUAAAGCCAUGCAACACUAAGAUCAUAUGUCAACGGCCUAGGAAGGUUCAUGAAGUGGUUUUCUUCCUUGCCCUUUACUGCAUCUCCUUGGGUACUGGAGGAUACAAACCAUGCUUGCAAAGCUUUGGAGCUGAUCAAUUUGAUGAUGAUCACCUGGAAGAAAGGAAGAAGAAGAUGUCUUUCUUCAACUGGUGGAACUUUGCACUUUGCUUUGCAUUGCUGCUUGGUGCAACAGUGGUUGUUUAUGUUCAAGACUUUGUCAAUUGGGGAGCUGCUGGUCUUAUCCUCACUAUUCUUAUGGCUCUCACUAUCAUGGCUUUCUAUGUGGGGAAGCCUUUUUAUAGAUACAGGAAGCCAGAAGGAAACCCUUUAACACCAAUUUUUCAGGUACUAAUUGCAGCCAUUAGGAAAAGGAAUUUAACCUGUCCUUCAAAUCCUGCUCUAUUAUAUGAAGUCCCAAAGUCAGAGAUGUCCCAAGGAAGACUUCUAAGCCAUAGUAGUAGGCUCAGGUUUCUUGACAAGGCUGCAAUUAUUGAAGAGAAAUAUAUUGAGCAGAAAGACAAUCCGUGGAGAUUAGCAACAGUGACAAGAGUGGAGGAGACAAAGCUUAUUUUGAAUAUAGUUCCCAUAUGGCUAACUUCAUUAACAACUGGAGUAUGUGUAGCACAAGGCUCAACACUCUUUGUCAAACAAGCAGCUUCUAUGAACUUAAAGAUAAGCAACAGUUUCAGCAUCCCACCAGCUUCCAUUGUCUCUGCUGCAGCUAUUGGUACCUUAAUAUCUGUCCCCAUAUACGACAAGAUUAUUGUUCCAAUUCUGAGGAAAGUCACUGGUAAUGAAAGAGGCAUCAGCAUCCUUCAGAGGAUUGGCAUUGGCUUGACACUCUCAGUCAUGGUUAUGGUUGUUGCAGCCUUAGUAGAAGCAAAGAGACUAAGAAUGGCUGCACAUGAAACAGUGCCAAAGACUAUGAGUGUGUUCUGGUUGAUACCCCAGUACUUGAUUCUUGGCUUUGGAGAUUCAUUUUCUCUAGUUGGUUUGCAAGAGUAUUUCUAUGACCAAGUUCCUGACUCAAUGAGAAGCUUGGGAAUGGCUUUAUAUCUCAGUGUUAUUGGGGUGGGAAGCUUCUUAAGCAGCUUUCUAAUCAUCAUUGUGGAUAAUGUCACAGGCCAUAAUGGCAAAAGUUGGAUUGGUAAGGAUACAAAUUCAAGUCGUUUGGAUAGGUUUUAUUGGAUGCUUGCAGUCAUAAAUGCUUUAAAUUUGUGUGUCUAUCUAUUCUUGGCAAAAAGGUACACUUAUAAGACUGUACAGAGGAGAGCAAUAGAAACUGAUGAUUGUAAGAGUGAUGGUGUGGAAAUCAUGGCAUGA